UUAAUUAUGCCAAACAUAUGUAGUUGCACCACAAGCAGUUUCAAUUCUUUCUCCAUUUGUCGUCUGCAAUUAAGUCGAUCGAUCGGUAUGAGCAGAGGCCACUGGAGGCCGGAGGAGGACGAGAAGCUCAGGGACACGGUCGCUCGGUUCGGCCCUCACAACUGGAACGCCAUCGCAGAGAACAUUCCAGGAAGAACAGGAAAGAGUUGCAGGUUGAGGUGGUUCAACCAGCUGGAUCCGAGGAUCGACCGGAGGCCGUUCUCCGAGAAGGAAGAGGAGAGGCUGCUGGCGGCGCACAUCCUCCACGGCAACAGGUGGUCGGCCAUCGCCAGGAUGUUCCCCGGCCGCACCGACAACGCGAUCAAGAACCAUUGGCAUGUCCUCGCCGCCCGGCGGAAGAGGCCUCUCUGUUCGACUACUGCACACCCGGCGGCAGGAAGAACCCUGCCAAUCAGGAUGCAUGGCGCUGCAGUGGAGUUCUAUGAUUUCCUGCAAGUAAAGAGCAGUGGUGCAGAGUCUGGGGAGGCAACCACCAAUUGCAGCUCGAGCGUGGAGCAAGAAGAAGAGGAGGAGGAAGAAGAAGAGCAGUGGAGGAAGCAUAUUAGUGGAGUUCCCUUCAUUGACUUCUUGCAAGUUAGAAGUUCUUCAUGUGCAGUCAACUGCAGCAAUUGAAUACGCUUGUGAUUAUAAUUAGUUCAAUUAAACUCACUGGUAGAUCGAUGUAGGUUAAAUUGUAUAGUACUGAAACUGUAUGAUCAGUGUUCAGUGAUGCAAAAUUGCCUGUCCCAAGGGUUGUCCAAUUGGCUAAGAAGGUGGUUCGAUGGAUAUAUUUCUUCUACCCUCGGUUAUAAACUGACAUCGUAAUUUACUUCUAUUCAUAUAAGUAUAUAACGUUGGGACGA